UACAAAUCUCCAAAGUUCACUAAGCUAGAUUUCCACAAUCCACAGAUUUUCUGCUGCUAAAACGAUAAGUUUCGUGUUUAAAUGUGAUACAAUUUUUAUCCCAGUUCCAAUUAACGCCCAGGGCAUAUAAAUAAAGUAUGCGAUAAUUGCCACAAGGAUACAUUGAAUCUUGAAUCAGAACGAGGGUGACUUUUGUUGGCUUCUCAAAGCGAAAAUGGCGUACCACGGGCAAGGAGGAUAUGGAGGUUAUGGACAGGCACCGCCGCAACAAAGCUACGGCUAUGGGGAGUAUCGUGGCCACCAGCAGCAAGGCUACGGACAAGCACAACCUCAAGGAUAUCCUGGUCAGCAAGGAAUAGUCUCAGGUGCCCCUCCAGGGGCCGAUCCAACCCUUUGGUCGUGGUUCACCACUGUUGACAGGGACAGAUCUGGCCAGAUUUCAACUGAAGAGCUGCGGCAGGCACUUAUGAACAACAAUUGGAGUCACUUCAAUCUAGAAACAUGUCGCCUUAUGAUAGGUUUGUUUGAUCAGGAUCAGAACGGAACGAUAAACUUCAAUGAAUUCGUUGGCUUGUGGAACUACAUUCAACAGUGGAAGGGAGUAUUUGAUCGAUACGACGGCGAUCGUUCUGGGAGCAUUGAAUCCAACGAACUGCACCGCGCAUUCUCCGACAUGGGUUACAGAGUUUCAUCAAAUUUUGUCCAGCUUAUUGUCGUUAAAUUUGACACCUAUGCCAAACGGUCACUGAAGCUUGAUGACUUUAUACAGUGUUGCGUUAUGCUGAGGUGCCUGACGGACGCUUUUCGGCAGAGGGACUCCAAUAUGAAUGGUGUCAUCAACGUGAGCUACGAAGACUUUAUGUGCAUGUGUAUACAAAACAAACCUUAGUAUACGACGUAGAAGCAUUCAACUGUCUUACUUACUUUUAACGUUACGUUACGUCUAACGUCAAAACCCUACUUUCUUUCAAGUAUAUUUUUAAGGCAAAACAUUAAUUGUUUCUGCUCCUUUAUGAAAGCAGCGGAUAUCGUGAAAAACCAUUCGAUCUAUCUACCUUUUAUCAUUACUGUUACGUAAUUUGACCUUCAAGACGAGGAUCGAUGGUGUAAAAUUUGAUGAGUUAGGACAUUCGUAAAGACAACCUACCACAAAGCAAUUUCACCAACUAGCUAACACCAACCAAUCAAAAUAUAAGGCUGCCAUACACCCCAACAUUACCUUAUGAAAUUCACUUCUGUUUAGUUAUCCCAUUAUCCUCUUGUAACCCUGAAUAAACAUUUUUUAAAUUUUAUCACUUUUUAUUUUCCUUGGCUUUGAGGUUCUCAGACUAGGAAAGGAAACAGGUUUUUUUAGCUUUCAGUGGAUUUAAAUGCUUUAAUUUAUAUUGAAAUUCUCAAAUACUUUCCAUUACUUUUCUGCACUUAAUUUACUUGUUUUUAUUGAGUCGAUAACUCUUUAAAUCAGCUAUUUCUCAGGAACCAAUGUUAGCAAGUAUUCUAACAAAUAAACUCAUUUUGAGAAAAGACGAACUUCUCCAGUCCUGUCCAUUAGCUCUUUCCUGUUUGCUUUUUUAAUAAUUUCAAGUACAAAACCCAUUGCAUACAUACAAUGUAUCUGAAACCCCUAACGACUCAUUUUUCUACGUCAUUUUUAUAUUUGUUUUGAUUACGAAAACAUCUGUUCUCCCGUCUCUCCAUUCGGCAAAUAUCCUAUAGGUUGCUUGAAAAACACGACACUUCAAACUUUUGUUCCUUACUUUCCAGUAUUAAAACAUUGUUUAAGGGGGUUUACGGGUUAUUUAACACAACAUUGAGGGUCUCCCAGGGGUUUUCGGGAACAAUGGAACAUGGCAACAAAUGAUACCGAAACACGAGAACAACUUAAAUUCUCCACUGGGAACAUAGGAACAUUAUUACUUGUUUAAAGGAACAAAUGAAAUUUUUUUUUAUUUUCAACGGGGAAACUGGAACAUUGGAUGUUUUUCCAAAGGAAACACGGAUCAAAUUCCCCCUGGGGGACCCUCAACAUUGUAAUUUGGAGUCGGAUUACCAAUACAGUAGUUAUCGUGGAUGUUAAAUAGAUCCAUAUCUAAGGGUAAUCUUAGUUGUGAAUUAGCGAUAUUAUUUGAGCACAAAUAAUCAUUUUCUGGGAA